AUGUUUUUUGUCGUCUGUGGCCGUUGUUGUAACCUCGUAACUCGUAUUUUGUUGUUUUGAAUUAAAAAUUCCAUCAUUUACCUUAAUUUUAAUAGAAUUUCGUAGAGAUAAUUAGUUGUGGUGUAGUGUAGUGUUAAUUGUAUCAAAAACUUAGAGUAUGGAUGGGCCACCUGGGACUAGUUCCGCAAACAGCGGACCAAUGGGUCCACCGCCGGGUAUGCCAAGUUUUCCUCCAAUGCCACCUCCUUCUAUGGGCCCUGGAGCGAUUCCUCCACCGCCUGUGGGGCCGCCCGGAGGAAUGCCCCCAGUCAGCUCAAAUGCUGCUCCCCCAAAUAUGCCCCCGCCAAAUAUGGGUCCUCCGCCGGGUAUGAUGGGGAUGGGACCACCCGGUAUGGGCCCCCCACCUCCGCCUGGGAUGGGGCCUCCUCCCGGCAUGGGAAUGGGUCCCAUGGGCCCGCCAGGCAUGCCGCCGCGAAUGCCACCCGGCAUGAUACGUGGGGGACCGAAUAUGAAGAGUAACUUUAACUCACCAAUGGAUUUGGGUCCGCCUGGAAUGGGUCCACCUGGCAUCGGUCCGCCUGGCAUGGGUCCACCACCUAACAUGGGUCCACCUGGAAUGGCACCUUGGGAAGGACAAGGUCCAACUCCGGGACCUCCAGGCUGGAGCCGGCAGGGAAGAGGAGAUGGGCCACCAGGUUGGGAUGACCAUAACGAAGAGCAAGAUGAUGAAGAUCAAGAUAUUGAUGAAUCCACUGUACCUCCAGGCGGCUCAUUGCCAUCACUGUUGACUAUGAAAAUAGACACACCAGAAGAGUUUAGGAAUAAGGUACAGGUUAUGCCAACAGUGACUGGUGUAGUGCUACCAAAAGCUUUAGAAGAAGCCCUCGCAUAUAAGGAUCAGAGACAGGCUGCAUUAGGAAGUGAAAAUGAUAAAGCCAACAGGCCACUGCAAGCCCCACCAGCUCCUGUGAUCAGUACAGAGUAUGAUGCUGAGGAGGAGGGUGACUCUGACGAUGAUAACAUCCCGGAAGCACCACUACCACCUGUUAUUUCUAAGCAAGAGACACAAGCUAACAAGGCAAAUAAGAACAAACGCAAGAAGAAAAAGAAGAAGGUGGCUAAACAGAAACGUAAAGAGGCUAAACAAGAGACAGACAAAACAAACAACCAGAAGUCAAAAUCAAGCAACAAAGAGAAUGAUAAAGAAGUUGAAGUUGAGUAUAUCCAAGAAAAUAUACAAUUCCAUGAAAUGGAGCCCAUGUACCGUCAAUUUCAUCGAAUUCUGGAGUCUUUCAAGAUCACAGAGAAAAAAGAAGAUAUUAAAGAUGAGUUUGGGAAAGAUGCUCAGACUAAACAAAAUCAGAAGCCCCAGGAGAAGAUCACCGAUCAGUUUGCUGCUGAUGAAGAGGCUGUUGAGAAACACGCAGCGGAUGAAAAGGAGCGUCUAUCGAAACGCAAGCUGAAAAAGUUGUCGCGUCUGUCAGUGGCCGAGCUGAAGCAGCUGGUGGCGCGGCCGGACGUGGUGGAGAUGUACGACGUGACCGCGCGCGACCCCAAGCUGCUCGUGCAGCUGAAGGCGCACCGCAACACCGUGCAGGUGCCGCGCCACUGGUGCUACAAGCGCAAGUAUCUGCAAGGCAAGCGUGGUAUAGAGAAACCCCCGUUCGACCUCCCAGACUUCAUUAAGAAGACGGGCAUUAUGGAGAUGCGAGCGUCACUGCAGGACAAAGAAGAAACAAAAACGCUGAAAGCGAAAAUGCGCGAACGCUCGCGUCCGAAACUCGGCAAGAUAGACAUUGACUACCAGAAGUUGCAUGAUGCAUUUUUCAAAUGGCAAACAAAGCCGCGCAUGACCAUCCACGGCGACUUGUACUACGAAGGCAAAGAGUUCGAGACGCGGCUGCGGGAGAAGAAGCCGGGCGACCUGUCCGAGGAGCUGCGCACCGCACUCGGCAUGCCGGUCGGACCGGGCUCACAUAAGGUGCCGCCGCCGUGGCUGAUCGCGCAGCAGCGCUAUGGGCCGCCGCCCUCCUACCCCAACCUGAAGAUCCCCGGACUGAACGCGCCCAUCCCCGACGGCUGCGCCUUCGGCUACCACGCCGGCGGCUGGGGCAAGCCGCCCGUCGACGAGGCCGGCAAACCGCUCUACGGCGACGUGUUCGGUCACCAGAGUCAGGGGCAAGAUGAUGCCGAAGAUCAAGAUAUCGACAGGACAAUGUGGGGUGAAUUAGAAUCAGAAUCUGAAGAAGAAUCAGAAGAAGAGGAGUCGGAGGAGGGAGAGGGCGAGGAGGGGCGCGGCGAGGGCGAGACAGCGGCGGGCGUGGCUACGCCGGGAGAGGGGCUGGUCACGCCGCUGGGCAUCAGCUCCGUGCCGCCCGGCGUAGAGACGCCCGACACCAUCGAGCUCAGGAAGAAGAAACUCGACUCCGAUAUCGAGGGUGGCGAUACCCCCGCGCUGUACCAAGUGCUGCCCGAGAGGCGAGUAGGCCUGACCGCGGGCAUGAUGGCCUCGACACACGUGUACGACAUCAACGCGGCUAACCCUGGCAAGAGAGCCGUGAGCUCUUCGGGUGCCACGUCAGAGGCGGCUUCAGGGGGCGUCGAGGUGACGCUGGAUCCGUCAGAGUUGGAGCUGGAGCCCGAGGCGGUGGCGGCGCGCUACGAGCGACAUCUGCGGGAGACGCGGCCCAAGGGACGAGAGGACUUGUCGGACAUGCUUGCGGACCACGUCGCCAGGCAAAAGAAUAAACGGAAACGCCAACAAAAUACUGAUUCCAAACAAGCAAAGAAAUACAAAGAGUUUAAAUUUUAGAUUUAUUAUAAUUUAAUUACGUUAGUAAUCUGAUUGUGCAAAACAUAAUUAUAUCUACUAUGUGACUAUGUAAUAAAAUAUUUAAAUAUACCUAUA